UCUUAUAUUUCGAAAUUAUACAUUUGUAGAAAAAAGUAGAUUUCUACUCUUUUUACUCCCCAUAUAAAUUUUUGUCAUCCUCAUAUAAUUUUUUAACGGUACAAGAACUCAAACACGCGCUGGAUCAGCUCGAACAUACAUACCUACCCGACGCCAUUUCGAGAAUAAAUAUUUUAUGAUAUCUAAUGCUUAAACAAAAACAUUGCCAACCUCAAUGGUAAUGUAUUUGACAGAUGGUUCGUAAGGUAUGUACAUUGUCUGUGGAGUUGCGGCGUUAUAAAUACAAUUGUAUGCCACUAUACAUAUUUUAGAUUUAUUUGAAUAGUAAAUACAUUUAAACCAUUCAAAUCUUUGAAGGUGAAUUCACUGAAUAUUAUUGAAGGAUCAAAAUAGUAAGGCAUUUCAGAGAUUGCAUGCCAAUACUAAACAAAUGGAGAUUUGUACAUACAUAUGUAUGUAUAGACGUGCUAAGUAGCACUGCAAAACAAAGAGAGUCAAUAUUUCAGUUACGAUCAGCUGGUUGUCUACCCAAACGUCUGAUACCUGGUAGUUUGUCUGUCUGUAUUUAGCACCACAAUUCGACUCGUUGUCUCGCUUCUGAUCAUUCAUUUUAUUUACCAUUUGAAUACAAAUUGGUACGGUUGGCAUUUCACUCAUUCCACUUGUCACUGCUGACAUUGAGUAUGUUUUGAAACUGGCGCAGUUUUGGUAAAAAUUAGAUUGUUAUGCAUGCAUGCGUGUUUGUGUGAUAGCAGCAGCUAAAUGCAAACAUAGUAUAAGUAUGUGCACGAAAUAUGUCCGCCGGGACAAAAGUAAGGGUGUUGGCAUAGUUUUACUAUUAGCUGAAACAUAUGAACGCCUUAUUUUGAAUUUUAAUUCAUUUAGAUUUUCAUAAAUUUCCAAAAAAAAGACAUAUACAUACAUUGUAUAUUGAUGAGGCUUUUAACGGUAGGUGUCUACAGUGACCUACAAGCAAGGAUAUGCUUGAAAUUUUACAGAUAUUUUACCACUAGAAUAAUAUUGAAAUUAAGCCAACAUUACUGCUAAUAUCCAUAACUAAAUCCAUAUGGAGCUUUAAUGAUAUUUUAUUCACUAGUUUUGAAUUAUUGUUUAUGAAAGGUUAAAAUCCAAGUGUAACAAUUGUUACAACAAACACUAAUGCCCGCCUCAUAACCAUAUAACACGACCGAUUGUUAUUAGGAAGUUUUUGAGCCGUGUCUGCAAAUGUACGGUAAAGCAUGUUGUGGGGCGCGCACCGAUUUGAAAUCGAACGUACGGAGUUAGCACAAGAACUAACUGUUCCAGCUGGAUGUGAUGGCUUGAACUCUUUCAGGAUGGAAGUGCAAGCUGCAUUCAAAGGCAUGAAUGGAAUUUCUGGAACUACAACGCGCUUUCCUGAGAAAAGAGCAAUGGAAUGGAAGUAAGAAGUUUAGCAUACGUUAUAAAGGGGAGUCAAUAAGUCUAAACCAUAAUCAACAAGCUAUUAUAGGAAAGGAAUGCUAAUCCGUUGUUCACUUUCAUUUACUAAAUAGACUGAGUAGUGACACUGAGCAAUUGGAAAUUUAGUAUUUAAUUUCUUGUAGGCGUUCCAUUGGAAUUUGGAGCAGUAAACACAUCCAUACAACAUCAUUGUUGGGUUGGCACUGUUCCAUUAAUAUCUUCUAUCGCAGUCUAACGAUCCAACGAAAAUGGUGAAUGAGCAAGAAUGGCAAAUACUCUUUUAUGCAACUCGCUUCUAAUUGCGGGUGCUUCCGGGGUUUCUCUUUGUUGAAUGACCUGCGCUAUAAUACUCUCUAACACACACAAUCACUAAGUAGAAAAAAGCUUGAGCAUUGGAAGGAGAAUGUGUUUCUUAUCUACUACUUUUCUUUCCUUCAAUAACGAUAAAGCAUUUGCUUUCAUUCGCACUUUACAGUCAGUUAGUCUACGAGCUGAUACAUUGUAAUAUCAGAUCAUCGCACUCGCACUAGGGGUGGAAACAUAUGGUAAGUGUUUUUGUUUCCUUAUGCCUGUCGAUCUGCCAUUCUAUGAUAUUUUCAAUGCAGGCCCUUACAUCCCAACGCAUAAGAGACGUACACCUAUAUUCGGUUCUUUACUCUUUUCAGAAAAACCAACAGCAAUUUUAUCGCGCACCCCUUCGCACUUUUGAAUUGGUACGAGCCUGCACCUUUGUCACGGCCGGUGGCACUAACACAAACCGAUGUUAUUCUGCCUUCACUUCGUUUGUGCACUCACUCUCUCUUUGCGGCUACAUUUUGUGCGCUUCGUUUGACUGCUUACUUCGCUGGUGGUUUGCUGACUGUUGUCGCCUUCAUCGUUGUCUUUGGCUUUGGCUUUAGCUGAGCUAACGCUGCUUGAAGUCGUCGACGUUGUCGUUCUGAUAUUCGGUACUCACUAUUCGUGUUACCUCUUCUAUUCGUUGUAUUAUAUGCUGUGUAUACAGAGUGCUUGUGUACGGUUGUUUGGCGGUGACGUACGCUGCCGCACGCUACUCUCCGAUACCUUCUGUCGCCGAUGAAUGACGUUAGUUCACUUCGAUAGCUCUAUGAGUUUACACGUAGAAAAUUUCAGUCUUCGCGUGUCUGAAGCGUACAAAAUAGAAUAAGCAAAGUAAGAAGAAAUUGUUGUGCGGAUCGUUUAACUAAGCAAGUUGCUUAAUUUUUGAAAUGAGAAUGCGUGUUCUGUAUUUACUUGUAUAAAUGGAAACCCAAAAGUUACCUUAGAGAUACUAUAUUAUCUUAGUGCUCAUCAUACAUUACGGUUAUUUUGAUAAAGUGCGGUUGACCAAUCUCGCUCACAAAGCGACAAAAACCUGCCAGUGAAAAGUGUGUCUGGAUGCAAAACAAAUCAUCUCUCAUAUUUGGCAAAAUUAUUAAGAAUUCUAAAAAAUAAAACGAAAAAAGCAAUUAUAUAAAAAGGUGCGUGCGUGCAUUAAAUGACAAAAAAGUAGUUGUGUAAUAAAUACAAGAUUGUUGAUUUAAUGAAUACAACUCAAAACUUGUCUUAACUUAAAUAUAUGUACUCGUAUAAGCCUCGAUAGUGGCUUACUAGUCAAUUAAGCUUUUGCAAACCAAAAACGCCUCCGCUUACAGGAAUUGGUAUGAUUUUAGUAGCCGGCGGCAAAUCCAAUUUUUAGUGUUACACAACUUGUUGAUUACAGUUUCAAAAGAUCGGAGAAGGAGCAGUGGAACGUGCGUUGAUAGUGACUACGCACCCAGUGAUUUAAAACAAAUUUCUACUCUUUGUUGCGUUGAGCAGCCAUUGCGAGCUGCUCUUAAUACACCGGCGUCAUCGAAUUCUCUCCUGUGUACGUUGAACGAAAAGACUUCAAGACGGUUGCCUCACGGUUCGAGUGGAAUGAGCAUAGGGACACUGGUCUUCCUUUUGACAGAUCGGUUUUCAAGGUCGUUAAACUGAGCCCCAACUUGGAGCCCUACCCCGCCAGCGUGGAGGGCCUGAACAGCCCUAGAGCGGUGGGGAUGGCCGCCACCUCAUAUAUGACACCGUCCAGCGGUGAUCUCGAUAUGGCACUAGGUGGUGGGGGUUAUCAUACUUCAUCGCCUCGAUCUGCCGCAGAUGCUGGAGAAAUGAAAUACAUGCAACAUCAUCAUCAUCAUGCCGCCGCUGCUGCCGCCCACCAUCAGCUGCCCUCGUCGCCAAGCCCGAAUGCAGUAGUGGGUGGAGCGGGAGGUACGGGAGCAGGUGGUACCGGUGGUCUAGGUGUGUCAGCGAGUGGGCUUAGUUCGAUCACACCCUCUGGAAGUUUGGGUUCAAAUCACUGGACCGCAUUGCAUCCUUCAGAUCCAUGGGCUUCAAUGACACAUCAUACACACCAUCAUCCCGCGGAUGCGGUGAAGCAAGAGAUGUCUCAUUUAUCACAGCAGUCUCGCGUUCAACAAGGCAUGGCAUCCCCACAUACAUGGCACGCACCGGUUCAUACAGCUCACUAUGCACCGACGGGUGGUUCGCCUUUGCAAUAUCACCAUGCAAUGAACGGAAUGUUGCAUCAUCCUGCUCAUCCAGCGCAUCACCAAGGAGUGCCACCAUUGCAUCACGCAUUACGUGGUGAAUCCCCACAACUUCAUAUACAUCCCCAUCAUCUGCAAGGCGAUCGUGACGUGUCGGGAGGGGAAGAGGAUACACCCACUUCAGAUGAUUUGGAAGCAUUUGCAAAACAGUUCAAACAACGUCGUAUAAAGCUCGGCUUUACUCAAGCGGAUGUGGGACUUGCGCUUGGCACCUUAUAUGGUAAUGUGUUUUCACAGACAACAAUUUGCCGCUUUGAAGCUCUACAGUUAAGUUUUAAGAACAUGUGCAAAUUAAAACCACUGCUACAAAAAUGGUUAGAGGAAGCUGACUCCACCACGGGAUCACCUACAAGCAUUGACAAAAUUGCGGCUCAGGGUCGUAAGCGUAAGAAACGAACUAGCAUCGAAGUUAGCGUUAAAGGGGCACUUGAACAACAUUUUCACAAACAACCAAAGCCAUCGGCCCAAGAGAUCACAUCGCUGGCAGAUUCUUUGCAAUUGGAAAAAGAGGUUGUGCGGGUGUGGUUUUGUAAUCGGAGGCAGAAGGAAAAGCGUAUGACCCCACCAAAUACAAUGGGUGGCGAUAUGAUGGACGGUAUGCCACCAGGCCAUAUGCACCCACAUGGUGGCUACCAUCCUCAUCACGAUAUGCAUGGAAGUCCAAUGGGUACACACAGUCACAGUCACAGCCCGCCCAUGCUUAGCCCACAAAAUAUGCAGUCCGCGACAGGUCAUCAGUUGGCGGCUCACUAGCAAUCAGAAAUCCAGGAGUCGAACUCAGCUGCAGCUGCGUCCACUCCUGCAUCGCUGCAUCAGCAGCAACAACAACAACAACAACACCAGCCACAUAACCAACAUGCGCCCAACACGCCGUCGUCUUCGGGUGGCUCAUCGGCGACAAUGACAACAAAUGUGCUGUCGCCGCAAUCGCCGAUCGGUGCUGGGUUAGCUGCUAAUAAUAACAACAACAAUAAUACGAACAACAAUAACAAUGAAAGUGAUCAUUUAACGCAGGUGAAACAGCAGCAGCAACAGCAAGCGUCAUCGAUAGCGGCAGCUGCAGCCGCCGCUAUGUACAUCGAUCCGAUGCGCUAUCAACAUCACCAUCCACACCAACACCCGCAUCUUAAUCCCGCGCACCACCCACACCUCUUCCACACCAGCGACCAGCAGCACUCAGCGCUGCAACAUCCGACCGCUCAUCACCAACAUCUGCAACAGCCGCAGACAUCGCCCGGAGCGGGCAGCAGCAGCGGCGCCUUGCAAGCACCAUCCUCAUCGCCCUCCUCAGCGUCCUCGGUGUUGGGAGUGAGCAGCGCGACCGGCAUGCAUCACCUUAACUUAAAUCCACACUCACUACAUCAGCAUCACCAUCACCACCAACAGCAACAUCACCACCAACAGCAGCAACAACAAUUGCAUGCCCGGCGUCUAUUUGAAUGGAGUUUACAAUUCGGUGCUGCCGCACCAGGCGUGAGGCAUUUCAAUUCAUUUGGCGGAGGAGGCGAAUAGCAUACGUCCGCCGCAGCGGCAGCGUCAGCGGCCUGGUUUGGUUAUGAAUCGUCUUAAGAGCGCAACUAUAAGACAUUUAGAAUCCAACUAAGAGGCGGUGCGCUUUUAAGCUGCGGCGUGUAGUGAACCGGGCUAAUUGAUAGGGUAUACUAGCGGCAGCGCAGAAUUAAACUAUUUUAUUUGGUGUAUAUACGGUAUAUACAGCAUACAUAUAUGUGCAGGGAACGAAGGACCAACGACCGAGUUACGGUACCACUUGAACCGCGGUUUAAUAUUAAACCACUUUAGUAAUAGUGGGAUACAGUUAGGUAGACUUAUUAAGUAAGUGGACGGUUGUAUGCCAUUUGCCAGAGCUAUACCAGUGCAUUAAUCUGUGUUAACUUGAAAUUAGUUAAGUAAACUAAGUAAAUAAAUAAUGAUCCCAUUAUAAAAUGAAAAAUAAGAAAAUACAAAGAAAAAGUACGGUUUAGUAGUAAAAAUUUUUCACUGAAAUGCAAAACAUUCAAAAGUAAAAGAAGUAUAAUUAACAGUCUACUUAAGCUCCCCUAAGAUAAUUAGCAUCAAAGUCUUAAAAUAAAAUGGAAAAUAGAAUUAAAAUAAUUAAAAACUUUGAAAGUUUCUAAAACUUGCAAAUAAUAACGCAAUUAAAAUCAAACCAGAAACUAAGUGAUGUUUUUAAGAAAAACAAAAUUACUAGAGUUUUGCGUAUUUAAUAAAAAUGUGUAAUCGCAAAGGUAGUAAUCAGCUAAAUUAAAUGUAAUUAACGAAUUCAAUAGUUUAUAGUUUUAUACAUGUUAAACUUCACUGUAAAUUAAUAAAUUUCUUAAAUAUCAGUGCAACCGUGAGAAUCCGAGAGUCCGCAUAGUUAUGAAAAACACAAAUAUACAUUAUUUGAAAUAUUACUAAGCAUUGCGAAGCAUUAAAAGAACUUAAUAAGUAACCGAAUAGCUAACAAACCACCAUUUAAUUUACCAAUUGUUUUAAAAAGCCGCCAAAUCGUAAACCUUUCUCAUGCAACCAGUGUUUGAUACAAUCAUUAAAUUAGUAAAUAUGAAAAUGAUAAUAAAUAUAAAAUAAUACAGAGCGUCCAACUUGUUAAGCGGUAAAGUGCCGAAAAGCGAGAGCACCCAAGUAGAGACAGCUCUGCGCGGUGGACACCGGGUAACUGUUGGUCUAAGAGCUCAUUUUCGGUGCUGAUGCAUAUUUCGAAGGUAAACCUUUUUCGUAUUCAAUGCUUUGAUUGUCGAUAAGUUUGGCAUUUCUUUUAUAAUUAAGCUCACACUUAUCGGCACUUUUCGUAUGAACAAUCGACCGUACGCAAAACCGAAGUAGACCAAAAGUUAGAGUUAAACAAGGAACGCAUUCGCUUAUCACAAAUGGAAAACCAAAAUUCUUAGUUUACUAUAAUGUACAUAUGUAUGAAUGUGUGCAGUUCGAAUUUGCAACUAUUCAACAUAAAUUUACAUUCCUAUUGCAUUUUAAUAAAAUAUAAAUAGUUUUCUUUCGAGACACAGCAUUUGUUGUUAUAAUAUUGUAUGUAGAGAUUAAAUCUUUCGUAACAUUUUCACCAAAUGCUACUCUCAAAGCAAAACAUUUAUUUGUGAUGAAUGAAAUGGAAUAUUCCUUCGUGCUUGCUUUUUUACAGUUAAAUUAUGGUGUUAUGUAUAAACACGAAAUAAAACUUAGUCAUAUUACUUUAUAGAUUCCAACACAUUUGAUCUGUUCAAAAAUAUUUAUUUUAAGCGGGAAGUCAAUAUUGUUAUUGUAUAUUAGACUAUUAUUAAGUUAGCUUUCGCAUAAGUGCAAGUGCAAGUAAGUCGUGUGUAUAUAAUAUGUAGCAGUAAAAUAAAAUUUCUUUGAAUAAUCUGAAACAA